GUCAUCAGAAUGGAGUCGAACUCACCCUCCAGCGUGCUCUUCAUUCGAAACUCGACUCAAACACGUUUUUGACCACGGAUAUUUAAACCCUGGGAGGUUAAGUGUAUGUUUUCAGAAGUGCUACUUCUUCUUUGGAAUUCUUUGGGAAAUGGCGUUGGCUGCUCCAUGCAGCAGGUCAGUCCUUCUUGUCAAACACAAGUAUUUGUGCUCUUUCAGGAAAACCUGUGUGCUGUUUUCGACUAAUGACACAUGUUUAGCUGACCAGAGGAAACCGCCAUCGAAGACAUUUCGGACAAAAUGUCACAAGAAGCCCCCCUGGACCGAGGAUCGAUCCUGGGAGGAGAGGCUGGCCGAUGUGGUCACCCCUCUGUGGAGGCUGGGCUAUGAGGAGCAACUGGAGCUCAAGCAAAGUCACCAGUUGAAGAUACUGUCUCAGCUCUCCAGGCACCUCGAAGAUGACUUCCAAUCACCGUCCUCAUUGCCGGCAAGAGGUGAACCCAGCUUUCCUGUCCUGUCCAUCCUGCCCUCGCCGGUUAGGGACGGCUACCGCAACAAGUCGUCGUUUUCUGUCAACAGAGGAGCGGAUGGAAAUCCGAAGACGGUGGGAUUCUACGUGGGCACAGCGAGGCAGGGGAACAUUGUCUGCGUCAGCGGAGACCACCUGCUCAACAUGCCGGAGAAGCACACGCUGGUCGCCAGGUGCUACCAGGACUUCAUUCGUCUCUCUCCCUUAGAGCCCUGUCUGCUGUUCCACACUGGGGGUCACUGGAGAGAGGUCACAGUGAGGACCAACAGAGAGGGCCACACCAUGGCCAUAGUAUACUUUCAUCCACAGACGCUCAACCCGGAAGAGGUGGCCGUCCAUAAGGCUCACCUGGUGGAUUACUUCACCCGGGGGCCUGGAUCAGUCUGUCAGCUGGAUUCACUGUUCUUCCAGGAGAGCCACAUGACCCGCUGCACUCACGAGGAGUCCCCCUACCAGCUCCUGCAUGGUCGGCCACACAUAUAUGAGGAGGUGCUGGGCUUCAAGUUUCGCAUCUCUGCCGAUGCCUUUUUCCAGGUGAACCAGCCCGCUGCUGAGGUACUCUAUGGCACAGUGAGAGACUUGUGCGUCCCAAACACCGAGGAGGGUGGAGGAAGGACAAAAGUCGGCAGUACUCUUUUGGAUGUGUGCUGUGGGACAGGCGCUAUUGGCAUCACCACAUCCCCCAGAGUGGACAGAGUAAUUGGCAUAGAGCUCAUAGAACAGGCAGUGGAAGACGCGAGACACAACGCAGCUUUCAACGACGCACUGAACUGCGAGUUUGUCCCCGGGAAGGCCGAGGCAGUGCUCCCCGGCCUCAUGUCUCAGUUGAGCUCCACCGGUGGAGGGCUCACAGCGGUGGUGAACCCCGCCCGGGCUGGCCUGCACCACAGAGUGGUCCGAGCAUUGCGAAACCAACCGUCCAUCCGCCGCCUGGUCUACGUUUCCUGUAAACCAGAUGGAGAGGCCAUGAGGAACUUCAGGGAGCUUUGUUGUGUGCCUGGCGUGCAGACGAAACUCACGGGCGAAGCAUUCUCUCCAACUCUGGCGGUACCCGUGGACAUGUUCCCACACACUCCGCAUUGUGAACUGGUGCUACUUUUUGAGCGGUAGCGAAAUGUUUUUUCAUUCAGAGGUGGGCUUUAGCUGGGCGAUUGAAUAUUGAUGGGCGUAUGCUAGAUUACAAUUAAAAUGUAUCUAAAACUUA